AUGUCUGGCUACGAAGAUCCAGAAAAGAAGGAGACGGAUGGGGGUUCGCUCGCAGGGACAGUGACUGGUCCACUGUAUAGCGAUCCCGAAGCAGGAGGUAAGGGGGAGAAGGCGGGCGAGGGGCUGAUCAUCAUUGAUGGAGAGGUGAACAAGGGCGAGGGAGCAGUCAAGCGGACACUAGAGCAGCGCCACAUGGCAAUGAUCGCCCUCGGUGGUGCGAUAGGGACAGGUCUGUUUGUCGGAUCAGGAUCGGCUCUUGCUACUGGAGGACCGGUCGGUGUCUGGCUGGGUUACAUCUUCAUGGGGUCCAUGGUGUACUCGAUGAUGGUUGCGCUCGGAGAGAUGGCUUCGCUGUUCCCUGUUGCUGGUGGUUUCACCCACUAUGCUGCUCGAUUCGUUGACCCGGCUCUUGGCUUUGCAACUGGUGUCAACUACUGGUAUUCAUAUGCUAUCACCAUCCCAGUCGAAAUCGUCGCGGCCCAGAUCGUCAUCUCCUAUUGGGACAAGACGACCCAUGCGGCCGUAUGGAUGACGGUCUGCUUCGUUCUCAUCCUGGCCAUCAAUUUCCUCGGAGCGCGGGCAUACGGAGAAGCCGAAUUCUGGUUCUCCUCCAUCAAGGUCGUCACCAUCGUCGGUCUCAUCAUUCUCGGUAUUAUCCUUAUGGCUGGCGGCGGACCGAACCACGACCCUAUCGGAUUCCGAUACUGGAUUGACCCGGGACCUUUCAACCAGCUCUCGCUUGGUGGAGAUGGGGCGUAUGUUCCCGGUGCUUGGGGCAGGUUCCUCGCUUUCUGGGCGUGUCUCGUUCAGGCUGCUUUCUCUUUCAUCGGUACCGAGAUCAUCGCGACCACGCUUGGAGAGGCCAAGAACCCCCGCAAGACCGUCCCCAAGGCCAUCAAGCGGGUCUUCUGGCGUAUCCUCGUGUUUUACAUCGGCGGUAUCUUCAUCAUCUCCGUGCUGGUCAACUAUGAUAACCCCAUGCUCCUCAACGGAUCUGGAGACGCCAGCGCCUCGCCAUUCGUCAUCGCUAUCAACAACGCCGGUAUCGCCGCUCUUCCUUCCAUCAUCAACGCGGUUAUUUUGACCGCCGCAUGGAGCGCUGGAAACUCGGACCUGUACGCCGCUAGCCGGACCCUCUACUCUUUGGCCCUCGAACACCAGAUGCCCGCUGUUCUCAGGCGGUGCACAAAGCGCGGACUGCCAAUCUGGUGUGUCGUCAUUACCGGCGCUUUCGGACUUCUGUCGUACAUGAACACUGGUGGCGAUACCGCUGUUACCGCUUUCAACUGGCUGUACAACGUCAGCUCCAUCACAGGGCUUGUGACCUGGUGGGGAAUCUUGCUCUCGUACAUCCGAUUCUACCACGGAUUGAAGGUCCAGGGUAUCAGCCGAGAGGGGUUCCCCUACAAGGCGCCAUUCCAGCCCUACUUCUCAUACUACGGAUUCAUCUGCUUCACCUUGAACGGCUUUGAGGUAUUCCUCGAGGGAAACUGGGACACCAGCACUUUUAUCGCUGCCUACAUCACGAUCCCCAUAUUUGCUGGCUGCUGGAUCGGAUGGAAGUUGACCAAGAAGACCAAGUGGGUCAAGCUGGCCGAGAUGGACUUUAUCACUGGUCGGCGAGAGCUGGACGAGAUGGAGGAGCGGGACGCCGAGACUUACAAGGCGGAUACCAAAUUCCAGAAGGUAAUGGGUAUCUUGUUUUAG